AUGGCUCACGAGCGAUCAUCGUUGGAAUUCUUGAGACUUCUCCGUAGAUACCGCACCACCAAAGGCCCGGCAGCUAGGCCCUUUUGUCUGGAAACGCGCUCCUCCAAAACAUUUAUCAUAGCAUCAUGCACACUCGCUAUCUUCACCGAUUGCUUUUUGUACGGCAUCGUCGUGCCUGUCUUACCGUUCGCCUUGACUGAACGUGUCGGUAUUGCAUCCGAAGAUGUGGGACUCUGGAUAGCGGCCCUUUUAGCUUGCUACGCGGGAACCUGGCUCGUUUUUGCGCCACUGGCAGGAUACAUAACGGACUACUUCACCUCACGACGCACCACAUUCGUCCUUGCUUUGACCACACUGACCGGAGCCACUGUCCUCAUCUACAUCGGCUCUUCGAUCGGCAUGUUGGUAGUCGGUCGGGCUCUGCAGGGGGUAUCCAGCGCCCUGACGUGGACCGCAGGGGUCACGCUGACGAUCGAGACGGUUCAAGAACACGAGGUGGGCCAAACCUUGGGAAUUUGCAGCUUGGGCAUGAAUCUGGCUCUUCUUCUAGCUCCAGUUCUCGGUGGGCUGUUACUCGAGCAGAGUGGAUAUCACUCGGUAUUCGCGAUCACGUUCGCUCUUCUGGCACUGGACGUGACAUGGCGAUUGACCCUGAUCGAACGAUCGGCGGUCAACCCUGGGCAAGGACCUCCGCAACACGUAUACUGGACCACGGUAUUCGGAGAGAACGGCACUCCUCGGAUUAUGCCGUCACCCACGCGAGAAGAUAUCCCUAAUCUAGAGCCUCUUUUGGUCUCGGCAGAAAGGCCGCCCCUCGAGAGCGAUAUCGAUUUUGAGGACUUCAUUGUGAGCUACAGGCUCGGGGAAAACUCCGUCCAGACCAUUUCUCCAGUGCGAAGGGACGUUAGAGAGAGUGGCCGUCGAGGCAAAAUAUUCACCCAGACCAUCAUCCCGUUGAUGCGGUUGCUUCGACGACCUCGCCUCGUGGUCGCGCUCUGGGCCACUUUCGCACAAACGACCAUAACCACCUCACUGGAUGCCGUGCUUCCGCUAUUUGUCAAGGAUAAAUUUACCUGGGGUCCACAAGCCGCCGGACUCAUCUUUAUGCCGAUCGUGUUACCAACUUUUUGGGCUCCAUUCGUCGGCGCUGUCACAGAUCGCGAUGGUCCUAAAUGGAUGACGAGUAUGGCAUUUAUCUUGGGAUGCCCUAUCUGGAUACUCUUGAGGCUGGUCACUCAUGCCGGGGUCAGCCAAAGCGCGAUUUUAUGCAUCCUACUGGCUAUGGUCGGCGUCACGGCAACACUUGCCACCGCUCCGCUUAUGGCAGAGAUCACGUUCGCGGUGAAAUCUCAGAACGGCAUUGCCCGAGGGAGAUUUGGGCCUAGAGGUCCGAUCGCUCAAGCCUACGCUCUCUAUUCAUUCUCACUGGCUGGUGGUCUCUUGGUCGGCCCUCUUUGGGGGGGGUUGAUCAUGGAGUUAGGCGGCUGGAAGACCAUGACGUGGACACUGUCGCUGCUGAGUGGUGUCACCGUUGGGCCCACGAUCUUCUUUACGGGCGGUCGCUUGCGAAUGGCCGACAUUCGGUGGCCGAGGGCGAGAGCGUAA